AGGCAGGGGCUCCUUGAGAUCCUGGAUCAUAUCUGACCGAGCAGCAACACGACAGAAGUGGAGAGAAGGGCUUUGACGAGACACCGAGCACGGAGCGCACAGGACCGCGUUUCUUGGCUCGCUUUUCUCUCCGGAUCGAAGCUUUUAAUGUGUCCCUGGAAAUACCAGAAGGAUCCAGUGUUCAUCGGAGGGUGAAACAAAACGGUGUUUGAUGCAAAAACCGAGGACAAAGGGAGGACGACUACUAGGCUUAACUAAAAUUGGUUUAAGAACUACUUUUUGGGGGGGAAAGGGAAGAAAAUUUGAUCGGAAGUGAUCCGACUCAACAGAUUGCAUAGUUUGGGGAAUGUGCAUUUAAUGAAGUGAUCAGGCGGCAGGAGGGCACUGGAGUUUACUUGGAGGUGAAAGUGAGUGAAUCUUGUCCGGCCGGAGGACGAUUGGGACUCAAAACGCAGCAGAGAAGCGGGAUCGAUGCCGAGCAUGGGGGAACAGCCGCUGUUCAGCGCCAAGGCCCACGUGUUCCAGAUUGACCCGGCCACCAAACGCAACUGGCUGCCUGCCAGCAAGCACGCCGUCAGCGUGUCCUUCUUCUACGACGCUAACCGCAAUGCCUACCGCAUCAUCAGUGUUGGCGGGACAAAGGCCAUCAUCAACAGCACCAUCACUCCCAACAUGACCUUCACGAAGACCUCCCACAAGUUUGGCCAGUGGGCCGACAGCCGGGCAAACACAGUCUAUGGUCUGGGCUUCUCUACAGAGCAACAGCUGCAGCAGUUCUCAGAUCAGUUCAAGGAAGUGCGGGAGGCGGCCCGGCUGGCCAGGGAGAAGUCUCAGGAGAGGUUUGAACUGACCAACCCUGCGCUCAACAUCGCCGCCCCACAGUUGUCCCAGGAGCUGUCUGAGGACCGCCACUCUCCCCCACCCCUGCUGACGGUGAACGGGCCGUGCGAGGACAAACUGAUCCGCAGUCGGAGCGCCGAGGUGGAGCUGACCACGGAGAAGGAGAGCAUCAAGAAGAUGCUCUCUGAAGGGUCAGUGAGCUGUGAGCUCCACAUGGAGGCGGAGCUGUUCACGCUGCAGGACAGCAACGCCAAGCUGGUGUCUGCUCUUCAGGAGGCUGAGAGCAGCGGGCAGAUGUGGAAGAAGCAGCUGGCAGAGUACCAGGAGGAGACCGACCGCCUCCGAGAACAGGUAGCUGAGCUGGAGGCCCAGAGCGUUGCGUCUGCCGGUUCGGAUCCAGAAUUGAGUCAGUCUGUAGAGACCCUGGAGGACUUGCUGAGAACCAAGGACCAGGAAAUCCAGAGUCUACAGUGCAAGAAGACGGAUGCCAGCGAUCUAGAGCAGGAGAAAGAGGAAGCUAUGCAGAGAUUACAGGAGCUGGAGCAGCAGAACGCAGUGCUGGAGGAGCGGGUCAAGAGCGCAGAGACGGACCUGGCGGCGAGCCAGGAGGAGAGGCAGCAGACGGAGGGGGAGGUCCAGCAGGCCAUAGAAGUUCUGGACCUCAAGAUCUUAGACCUGAACAGCCUCAGGCAGAGCCUGUCCAAGCUCAUCGACAAAUAGCGCCCCCCACAGUCGGAGUUCUGCCCUCGCAACCAGGAAGCAGGAGUGUCGCUCGGGAUUUAAGUGUUCAAGUGUUCGUUAUGUUUGAGGGGGGUGGGGGAGGGAAAUGGAGGGCGGGGGGAUGUUGUUCAAAGAGAGCAGUUUCAACAGAGCAGGGUAACAUUGAAUGCUGUUCAAAUUCUCUCUAAAUAAAUAUUUGAUUAUCCAAAUGGGUCGAGUUUUGCUCUGCCAUACUAGUUACCUUGUUCGGUCAAGUUUUGUAAUCAACAAGGUUAAAUAAUUUCAGUGUAUCGGGGAUGUUAGCCCAGGGUAGGGCGUGUCGGGGAUGUGAACCAGGUGGGGGUCUAAGAUGGGUGACGGACUCUAGGUUCCUAUACAUGUCUCUCCAUAGCUUUACAGGUCGGUACCCUUAACCAUUGCCUGCCUCUACACCUUCUCUCUCUCUCUCAUUAACACCUCUGUCUUUAUGUUAUUCAAAACAGAGAAUUCUUAAAUACAAACCUUGGAACUGGAUGGAAAUCUUGUGAAUUAUUAAUGAUAAAAAACUACUCCUCUUUUGGUAGUGACCACUUGGCUUUUAUAGUCCUAGCUUUAUGUUAUUGUUACAUUGCUCAUGUUCCUUAACAUUUCACUGACCUCCUUUUUUUAGAAAAGUUCCCUCGUUAAGGCAUUCAGGUUCACAGUGCCAGCAGCUAGCAGCGAAAUGUCCUCAAACUGUCAUCUGAGUUCUGAACAUUUGCGGAUGAAAUUGUGGUUUGGUAAACAGGGGAUGCAGCUGCUGUGCUUUGCUCUGGGGGGUGAAGCAGAUAAAACUGGGUGGAGAUAGAGGGAGUGGUGGUGGUGCAUGCAGGACGAUGUAAUGUGCCAAGUUAAUUUGUUUACGUCAGUCAGCGUUCUGGACAUGGAGUCUUCCUACGUCAUGUCCUCUGUUUACGCACAUCAUAUCUUAAAGAAAAGAUGGCACUAGGUCAUUGGGCUCUCGGGGGACGCCUGGAGCUGUUGUAAAGGGUAGAUCACUGUGCGUUAGCUCCAGUACAGACCCCAAGGCAUAGUGAGGGUUAAAAAGCACAACCGUAUUUAGUUCUAUUAAUGGUAGUACUAGCAACAAUGCUUAGACAACUCCGCCCCGUAUGUGAACUUGUGCGCUGUUGUGGGUUAUGAAUAUAUGUAUCCAAACAAGGUACAGCACUAUUACUAGCACACUGAGUAAUGAUUUUUUGUAGGUACUGAAACGUGAUUAAGAUUUAGUUUUGUAAGUGGACGGAUGCUGUGAGUUGGUCUUCAGGACCACCUCAGUUACAAGCCUUUAUUUAGGUCUUAUGGUACAAGUAGCGCACAAAGUAAGACUACAUGAGAAAAGCAUUUUGGUAAAAUCAAGGACACUGUCAGCUUUACUCUAGUUUUUGCUCAGAGCCACCAGUUAUCCGGUUUGAACAUUUAUUUCAGCACAUUUUUAUGCUAUGAGCUCAGUCCGUCACUUGUCUGCAUUGGGCAUAGAAAAUCCAGCUAGAUGCAACAAGAUCUUUAUUUGGAGUGGCAGAAUAGAGGCUAGUUUCAGAAAGUUCUGCUCUUGAAGACUGGAAAAUGCACAUCCCUUUUGGCUUCAGGUUAAUUUACACUUGAUUUAAAGGUUAGGGUGGAAUUGAAUGUGCUUUGAACAAGUGGUGAAAUGGUUGUAUAGCCAUGCAACUGUACUGGAUUUGUGAUAUAAGAAAUGCACAUUUGUAUACAAAUCAGAAAUAUUAAAAUGAUUCAAUCUUUAGCUUCAA